CGGCUCGGCCGAUGCCGCGGUGACUCAGCGCUUCUCGCGGGCCGCCCGGCCGCGGCGGCGGCGGCAAGGCGCGGGCUCCUCCCGCCUCGCCACCCCCUCUCGCCACCCACGCCCGCCCCCGGCCGCGGGGCCUUCCCUCGCGCGGCCGCCGCCCGCCGCACUCCGCGCCCGCCCCGCCACCGUGCCGGCCAUGGAGCCCCGAGCCCCCCGCCGCCGCCACACCCACCAGCGCGGCUACCUGCUGACGCGAGAUCCGCAUCUCAACAAGGAUUUGGCAUUUACUCUGGAAGAGAGACAGCAACUGAACAUCCAUGGAUUGUUACCGCCUUGCUUCGUCAGUCAGGAGAUCCAGGUCCUUAGGGUAGUUAAGAAUUUUGAGCGUCUGAACUCUGACUUUGACAGGUAUCUUCUGUUGAUGGAUCUGCAAGAUAGAAAUGAGAAGCUCUUUUAUAGUGUGCUGAUGUCUGAUAUUGAAAAAUUCAUGCCUAUCGUUUAUACUCCUACUGUGGGUCUCGCAUGCCAGCAAUACAGUUUGGCAUUUCGGAAACCGAGGGGCCUAUUUAUUAGUAUCCACGACAAAGGGCAUAUUGCUUCAGUCCUCAGUGCGUGGCCAGAAGAGGUUGUCAAGGCCAUUGUGGUGACUGACGGAGAGCGUAUUCUAGGCUUAGGAGACCUGGGUUGUAACGGGAUGGGCAUCCCUGUGGGUAAACUGGCCCUGUACACAGCCUGUGGAGGGGUGAAUCCACAGCAGUGUUUACCGGUCAUUUUGGAUGUGGGAACAGAAAAUGAGGAGCUGCUUCAAGACCCAUUGUACAUCGGGCUGCGGCAGAGGAGACGGAGAGGUCCUGAGUAUGACGAGUUUUUGGAUGAAUUCAUGGAGGCAGUUUCUUCCAAAUAUGGGAUGAAUUGCCUUAUUCAGUUCGAAGAUUUUGCCAAUCUGAAUGCAUUUCGUCUCCUGAACAAGUAUCGAAACAAGUAUUGCACAUUUAAUGAUGAUAUUCAAGGAACAGCGUCUGUUGCGGUUGCGGGUCUCCUUGCAGCUCUUCGAAUAACCAAGAACAAGCUCUCUGAUCAGACAGUGCUGUUCCAGGGAGCUGGAGAGGCUGCCUUGGGGAUUGCUCACCUGAUUGUUAUGGCCAUGGAGAAAGAAGGUUUAUCGAAGGAGAAAGCUAUAAAGAAGAUCUGGUUGGUUGACUCAAAGGGGUUGAUAGUUAAGGGACGUGCUUCUCUCACAGCAGAGAAAGAGGUGUUUGCCCACGAGCAUGAAGAAAUGAAGAUUCUAGAAGCCAUUGUUCAAAAGAUAAAACCAACUGCCCUAAUCGGAGUUGCUGCAAUUGGUGGUGCUUUCACAGAACAAAUUCUCAAAGAUAUGGCUGCCUUCAACGAACGACCCAUCAUUUUUGCUUUAAGUAAUCCAACCAGCAAAGCAGAGUGUUCUGCAGAGCAGUGCUAUAGAGCGACCAAGGGGCGUGCGAUCUUUGCCAGUGGCAGCCCUUUCGACCCAGUCACUCUUCCAGACGGACAGACUCUCUUCCCUGGCCAAGGCAACAAUUCCUAUGUGUUCCCUGGAGUCGCUCUUGGGGUUGUUGCCUGUGGGCUGAGACACAUCACGGACAAGGUCUUCCUCACCACUGCCGAGGUCAUAUCUCAGCAGGUGUCAGAUAAACACCUGGAAGAGGGCCGGCUCUACCCCCCUCUGAGUACAAUUCGAGAUGUCUCAUUGAAAAUUGCAGUGAAGAUUGUGACAGAUGCAUACAGAGAAAAGAUGGCCACUGUGUAUCCUGAGCCCCAAAACAAGGAAGAAUUUGUCUGCUCCCAGAUGUACAGCACCGAUUAUGACCAGAUCCUACCUGAUUGUUAUUCUUGGCCUGAAGAAGUCCAGAAAGUCCAGACCAAAGUCAGUCAGUGACUACAGCAGCUAGAAUUUCUACCCUUGCUGAUAAGACCCUGAAGUUUUCAUAGUUUCUAAGGUUGGAAUCUUUAUAAUGAUUCACAGCGUACUUAGAAUAAGGUGAUGUAGUUUAACAAUCAGACCGUGGACGUCUAUUGAACUAGGGUAAACCUCACAGUGCAGUUUUAUUUUACUUACUGAUUAUUUAUGUUUUCCGUUUUAAUUAUUUUCUUUACAAAUUCUGUUCAAAAGCUAUUGUACCUGCUGCUGAGAAACUCGUCGCUGGUAACGUAGGAAGCCAAUGGAAGAACCAAAUUAGUAAUCAGCUAACAUAGUGGAACUUGAUCAUAUCAAUGCCUACAGUUCUUUCUUGGCCAUUUUGUUAAAAUCUUUUAAAAAGUAAACCCAAACUUAGGCAUAGCUGAACUUUUACUAAACAGAAACACUACUUGGCUGCCUAGAGAAAGUUCUUCUCAGGACGUUUAUUCCUGGCCUCUGUUAGCCGUGUUCUUUUUGCACAACCGAACUCUUUCACUCCUCCAGGGAAGCUAAUGCUGUUUACAGUGCCUGUGCAGCCUUAGGUCUAAACAGUCUUCUGCUACUGUUACAUCCCAGAGAGUAAAGCUCUCAUCGCUUUGGUUUUGAGUCCCAGGCCCUCCACAAAAGCUCUUUUCCUCAUCUCUGACCAAACACUUUGCCCAGCUCCUGGCCCUGCUGAGAGACUGGGAUGUUUUGUUAGCGUGGCCUGGACAGUGAGAAAGACCACAAGGAGAAUCCUUGCAAAGGAGCUCCGAGGAGGCCUGCUCCGAGACAAGGGUGUCAGAAGCAAGACCAUGGUUCCCAGAUAAGCUAGGGAUCCAUGAGAGUCGCCUGCCCUAAUGUUCCUCUGGUUAGCUCAGGUGACUGAGAACUCACAGUGUGAGUGACUACGUCUCCUAUGUCUAACUCUCUAUCAGAUACCAAAAUACGUUAAUUUCUAAACCUUCCGGUGAGGGAGAAUAACCAUGUCCCAGGCUGUGUUAAUUUACUGGAAAAAUUGAUGAUGGAUCCUAGCUCAGGUUCGAGAACAUUCUGCAUAUCCAGAAACACUUCUGGUUUUGAAGUGAUGCUGUAAAGCCUACAUGGUGUUUCAGACGGCCCCUCUGUAAAGUGGGCCUCAAAGGUGAAGGCUACCCAGAUUCUUUCAAAUGUGAGGUGAAAGAGUGGAGAGUUUCUAAUGGCAACUUUGGUUAAGAGUUUCCUCCGUGUAUUUGGGAAAGAUUCAGAAUUCCUAUCAAUUUCUUGUCUGUUUCCGUGUUGUCAAAUAGUUUAACUGAAUGUAUUUACCUAUGCAAAAGAUUAUUAAAGCAUAGAAAACAUGAAUAA